CAUCUGUUGUUAUUUCUGCCAAGCUACGCCGGUUUCCAUCUCCGGACUGUUUUACCUCAGCAUCUAGUGACAAGUUCACUUUAGGAGGAGACGGCGGGGUCUGUGUUUCUGCUCGUGCGACUCCAUCAGGUGUUGCGUCAGGGGGACAAAAAAAGCGCAUGUUUGGAAUACAUCUUGGAAUGUUAACACAUCGACUGGUGUCAACAGAACAAUCAAUUGACCAUCGAUGGAGACCACAAUAACAAUGCCUUUUCACGAGACGUUUUUGUUGCAUCGUUAGAAGCUAUUUGUUCACAAGUUUGGGCCCACUGCCGUGUUUACCACCAUGGAUCGAUAGGCUCUCAUCUCCUAGGAUGGAAUCUACUCUGUCACUCUCCAAGGUCCAACAGCACCUGAACACAAACAGCUACAACGACAGCAACAGCUGCAACGGCUGGGGCGGCCACCCGGAUGAUCCCAACGCCCCGACAGUCAAUCACACGUUCCCGAUUCGUGACCAACUGCACAGCGCCUUGCUGGGUGUCUCUCUAGGUUUCCUCUCCCUCCUCACCAUUUUAAUGAACCUGCUCGUUCUUUACGCCGUGAAAAGAGAGAAGAGCUUGCACACGGUGGGGAACCUCUACGUGAUAAGCCUCGCGGUGGCCGAUUUGAUCGUCGGUACAACUGUGAUGCCGCUCAAUCUGGUGUAUCUGCUUUGGGACGAAUGGAAGUUGGGCAGAGCCGUCUGCCAGUUUUGGUUGAUUAUGGAUUAUGUGGCAAGCACGGCAUCAAUUUUUAGCUUGUUUAUCCUCUGUCUGGAUCGGUACCGCUCUGUGAGGCAGCCCCUGAAGUAUUUGAAGUAUCGAACAAGAGGGAGAGCAAGUGCAAUGAUAACGGGAGCCUGGCUGCUGUCCAUGUUGUGGAUUUUUCCUAUUUUAGGAUGGAGGUCCUUCACCCAUGUCGAACUUAAACCCGAGGAGGAGAACAAGUGUGACACAGAUUUCCGCUUUGUCACAUGGUUUAAAGUUCUUACCGCUGUGUUGAAUUUUUACCUGCCCUCUAUUUUGAUGCUUUGGUUUUACACACACAUCUACUUGGCGGUAAGGCAACAUCUGCGAGACAGAGAGAGGAUCAUUCAUCCAGCAGAUUCAUUUGGAGAAAAGGACAACGAGCAAAAAGUUUUGUCAUCAAACGACUCCAAAUCUGUCGAAAAGGAAUGUGAGGCUCCAGUGAAACGUUUAAAAAGGGAGCUUGACCAGAAACUUAUAGAGCAGACAUAUUCUCUGGAAGAAUUUGAUAAAAGCAAAAGUUCCCUCUCUAGAUCACACCGAAAAAUUGGCGCACAACGUCCUAAGUCGACCCUGCUUGCCAUGACAAUAAAGGAAGACAGAGUGUCUUCAAAACUAGCGAGGGACUCGUUACGUUCUGAAGAGAAGAGUCCAGAUGCUACGCUUUCACUCGCUUCAGCUUGCUUGCCACCAGAAAAUGCCGGUUCAGAAAAGCACCAGGAAUCAUCUUUAAAUGAAUGUCACGUGACGAUGCCAAACUUGGUCAGCGAUAUCAGCCAGGUGCAGAAGUACACGUCUGUACUCUGCAACAACAACAACCCCGGUGGUUCCGUACCUUGGUCCAAAGCGUCCAAUGACGCCGAGCUGGACCCGGAGAACGAGGUGACCCUGCGGCAGACGUGGCAAAGGUUCAUUAAUCACUCCCGUGAGAGACUUCACAGCCUGAGGAUCCACAAGGAACACAAAGCAGCCAGGCAACUUGGCUUCAUCAUCGCAGCUUUCCUACUGUGUUGGAUACCGUACUUCAUAGCCUUCAUGGUCAUGGCCUUCUGUAGAGAAUGCGUGCACCAUGACCUGCACAUGUUCACCAUAUGGCUCGGUUACAUGAACUCUACCCUUAACCCUUUUAUAUACCCAUUGUGCAAUAGGAAUUUUAAAAGAGUCUUCAAAAAUAUUCUGCAUAUACAUUUGUAAGUGUUCCAGUGAUUCCAAAACCAAUUUCUACAACCCCGCUCUGAAUAAGAAAACACUGAAGUUGCCAUUUUCUUUUGUGGCGUCGCUGCUGACCACUCUCGUUUUAAUAGCUAAUGACAAAAACUUUAAAGUGCUUACAUGGCUCAGCGCCACACGAUCCACCCGCCAGCAUGUGCAUGCGUUGAGGUGCCAAAGUGAUGCCCUGCCUGUUUCAAAUACAAGUUCACUAUUCACUUGUGACAAUGUAGUCUCGAGUUCAACAGUAGAGUGUCGUUUACAUGGGCUUGCUUGUCACAUUUGAGGUGACAUGGCGUCAUUUCAAUGCAGGCUUCCAUGUCAAGGCAAUGUGUCUUCAUAUGUACAUAUUUUAUGUCAUUUCAGGUGUGUUUUGUAAUUUCAUCUGAUUGAGACUCACUUUUAUGCCAAUGGUAAUAAAGUGAACUAAAACUUUAA